AUGUCCAGCGCCGUCGAACAACACGAUCCGUCCGUCCUGCGGCCGCGCGCCAUUCCCAUCCCAUCAAACACCCAUAAUGGUGUCGAUAAAUCCCAUUUAAAUCCUGCAGUGGACAAAUUGAGCUCGGAUACAAGGUCAGUCAAGUCGGGUCCGUCAUACAAUCAGCAUGACCUGGUAUCAAAGAUUAACGUUGUUGAUUCGCGGAUGCUCAGCGGCCGUUCGACUCCCAUCCCCGAAGAUGCUCCCCCUUCAGCGCAAUCCAUCGCAGUAGCCCGCAAGCAAGUUCGUCUACGAAAUCGUCUCUUCUAUACCAUCGAUUACGUUCCGCGAGUCUCACACUUUGAUCCGGAGAGCGAUCACCAUGAUUUUCGCGGCUUCUUCACUCUGUUCUGGAUUAGCCUCGUGAUCAUGGUGGUGACGACGGUGCUGCGGAACAUCAAGGACACUGGAUAUCCACUGCGAGUGCGGGUGUGGAGUCUGCUUUCGGCCAAUGUGUGGGAGCUCGGAUUGAGUGAUCUCGCGAUGGUGGCGAGCUCGGCACUGGUGCUGCCUUUGCAUCGGCUCUACCGCAAGGGACCAAAAUGGCUGCAGUGGGCACACGGGGGCAUGAUUAUACAAAGCAUCGGGGAGGUCCUAUGGCUUGCCGUCUGGAUCAACUGGCCGUUUCUGCGGCUGUGGACGUGGACCGCGCAGGUGUUUUUCACUCUUCACCUUUUGACAAUCCUCAUGAAACUGCACUCAUACGCCUUCUACAAUGGUCACUUGAGCGAGAUCGAACGUCGCCUUGCGGCUCUGGACAAACCAGGGCCCAUUGAGCCGACCUCUCCAUCAGAUAUCAGAUAUCCCGAGCCCAAACGCCGCCGCCCAUCGCUGAAGCCGACCCCCGAUAUGGAUCACGACACGGAACCACUGGAACGACUGCGUGAAGACCUAGCCACCGAGCUGACUUCACCGCUGGGCAAUAUUUCCUACCCCCAGAAUCUGAGCUACGCCAACUAUGCCGAUUUUGUGUGCUGCCCGACCCUCUGCUAUGAGCUAGAAUACCCCCGCCGAGCAAACCGCCGCUGGGCCGAAAUUGCUUGGAAAACACUCGCUGUCUUUGGAUGCAUCUUUUUGCUCACUCUGACCAGCGAGGAAUUUAUCGUGCCCGUGCUCAGUGAAGCACAUGGGCAACUGGAAGCGCUGGAUAGCGUGGCUGACAAGGCGCUGGUUUUGGCAGAAACUAUCAGCAUGCUUCUCUUCCCGUUCAUGGUGACCUUUCUGCUGGUUUUUCUGGUCAUCUUCGAAUAUGUCCUCGGGGCAUUCGCAGAGCUCACUCGAUUUGCGGAUCGCCACUUCUAUUCCGACUGGUGGAAUUCCUGCGACUGGCUGGAGUUCUCUCGCGAGUGGAACGUUCCCGUCCACCACUUCCUCUUCCGCCAUGUCUACUUCCCCUCUCGCUCAAAAUUCUCCCAGCCCGUGGCCAUGUUCAUCACAUUCCUCGUGAGCUCUAUAUUCCAUGAAGUAGUGAUGAGCUGCAUCACCAAGAAACUGCGCGGAUAUGGCUUUGGAGCCAUGAUGCUGCAACUACCCAUCGUUGCGGUCCAAAAAUCACGAUUCUUCAAGGGCAAGAAAACACUAAACAAUGUCUUUUUCUGGUGCUCUAUGAUUUUGGGUCUUUCCAUGGUAAGUGCCAAUGAUUCACAUCAGAACUUUUUCUUCCCCCCCCCCCAAAAUUCACUCCGCACCAACUAA